CAAGACGGGCCAGCUGAGAGCUAGCAUUACCGGUCACAACUUUGUUAAUUAGUGAAUAUACAUUAGUUGUCAUUUGAACCCCUGUGUUUAAAGGGUUUCAGUGGACGGAUAAAUGUCUGAUGCAUCAGAACUCCCUGAUAGUAAAGAAGAGGAGGAGGUUUCACUGGAACCAGAGGACCAAUCCGACGACAGCAGUGGGGAAGAGGCAGCAGGAGACACAGAAAUGGACUUUCUACGUAACCUCUUCUCAAGCACUCUGGGCCUCGGCACAACUGAAAAAGUUCUGGAUGACUUGACUCUAGAAGGAGUUGCUCAAUACAUAAAGAGUGGCAAAUGUCAGAACAUCCUCUGCAUGGUUGGAGCAGGAAUAUCCACAUCCGCUGGAAUCCCUGAUUUCCGCUCACCAGGAACGGGCCUGUAUGCAAACCUGCAGAAAUAUAACCUUCCCCACCCAGAGGCCAUCUUCCAGAUCGAUUAUUUUAAGAAACAUCCAGAGCCAUUCUUCGCCUUGGCCAGGGAGCUUUACCCGGGACAGUUCAAGCCAACAAUCUGUCACUACUUCAUGAAGAUGCUGAAGGACAAGGGGCUCCUGAAACGCUGCUACACACAGAAUAUCGACACACUGGAGCGAGUGGCUGGGCUCGAAGGAGACGAUCUAAUCGAAGCUCAUGGAACAUUUUACACGUCACACUGUGUCAGUUUCUGUUGCCGUAAGGAAUACGACCUGGACUGGAUGAAAGAAAAGAUCUUUAAUGAUGACAUUCCCAAAUGUGACAAGUGCAGCAGUUUGGUCAAACCAGAUAUCGUCUUCUUUGGAGAGAGUUUGCCUGUCCGGUUCUUCACUUCAAUGAAGAUGGACUUUCCUCGCUGUGAUCUUCUCAUCGUCAUGGGGACCUCUCUGCAAGUCCAGCCAUUUGCAGGUCUGGUCGGCAGGGUCUCAAAAAGUUGUCCCAGACUGCUCAUUAACAUGGAGAAGGCCGGGCAGGCUGAUCCUCUGUUCGGGUUGCUUGGUUUUGGAGGAGGGAUGGACUUUGACUCAGACAAGGCGUACAGAGACGUAGCUCACAUCAGUACAUGUGAUGAAGGCUGUUUGGCUCUAGCUGACCUGCUGGGAUGGAAGGUGGAGCUGGAAGAGAUGGUGAAGCAGGACCACGCCAAGAUCGAUAGUCAGGACCAAAAGGAAAAGGCCGGUGAGAACAGCAAAGCUGCAGCCAAGACGAGCUCUGCAUCAGUGGCUCCAGAACCAGUGAAAAAGGAAGAGUAACUCAUUCCAAAUCUCCCUUUUUAUUCAAAGCUACUAUACUGAUGUCGCUGUGUGGAAGUGGCCCUGAGAGGCAGAUUUUGAUGGUUCCUGUUUGACGUUGAGAAUUGAUGCUUUUUUUAUUGGCAAACAUUUAAUUCCUCUAAACAACCUCACAUGACGUCUUUCAUCCCUGUGUUUUAUGCUUUUGUUUAUAUCAGUUACUUGCACUUUACUGACAUUACUAUAUAUUUGCAUCAUGCAAAAAAGUAUAGUGUAACAUGUGAAACCAUUAGUCAAGAUACUUUGAUAUAAGAUAUUUUGCUUUUGUUUCAAAUAUCAUGCUAAUUUGUCACUUUAACCCUCGUCACUGAUUCCAGUUUAUUAACUCUUAAAAGAUAAAACCAGGCUGUUGUGUAUUGAAUCGCUCAUGCAAGUAUUACAUAGAUGAAAGUAACUUCCGGAAAGGGGAACUUAGGUAGUUAUAGAUAUAACUUGGAAAAUAUUGUCUUGAUUUUUGACUAAUAUUUCUUUUCAUGUUGACCCUCUGCUCCUGUUUGAACUGAUUUCUGUUAUUUUUUUGAAUACAAUGUUUUUAGAUGUUUAUGGGGGGGGGGAUUAUGAUCUCUUCAUAUAAUAAAACUGCAAACUUUACAUGAUGCACAAAAUAUAAUAAUAGCUUUGCUCCCUCCGAUGUCAGGACUUCAGUUGGUUGAAAGUUGAUAUUUCCUUUUAAAUCUUUGGGGAUAGAUGAAAUGCUAGUAAGGAUAAAUAGACAUGGUUUUCUACAAGAAUAUGUAAUUUAAAAUAAGAAAAUUAAACAGUUUCAUAGUGAAGUGAAGUGGAAACAAAUUAUAGUGAUCAUGUCUGCCACAAUCAGCUUCAUUACUAUGAGCAGAUGAUUAUUAUAACCCAAGUUUAUUUAUUUUUUCUUUCUCUCUCAUGCAGAUUAUUUUCUAAUUGAUAUUUGUGUCUUCAUUGCGUAAAUACAAAAUGUACAACCCCACAACCAUCACUGUCUACUGUCUCCAGAUCUGAUGGACAGAGUCUGCUCGCUCUGUACUAGUCUGAAAAUGCAAGGAGGGCAGAACAUCUCUCAGAAGAGCAAUGGAAAGAGUCCAGGAACAUAUCACAUGCUGCAUGAGUGCACACAUACUGUACACACACUCACACACACAGUUAAUUUAGGGAGAGCAGUCAUCACACAGGCAGUCCAUAAACCUCAUAUGUUAGAAAAGAGUGCAUGAAAUGACAUCUUCUUAUAGUAGCCUACAAUAGUUUAUUGUCUUGUAUGAAAAGACCCCAUAUCAACAGGAAGCUUGAUUAUUGUGAGGGAAUUAUUUAAAGAGCAUCUGUAUAGAAUUAUCUUGUCCCUGGUUUUUCGGCCUCUAUAGUUGGUUUCCACUGUAUUUGGGAUAUUUGUAAGAGAAUGAAUUGUACCACUGUGGCAUAUUGAAAUACAGGGGUGGGCACAGUAGCAUGAACAUCUGUACAAUAUUAUGGAAACCAAUACAAAAGUCCUGCAAUAAAUUUACAAUUGUAAACCUGA